CUUACACUCUUGAAUACGACGUGACUGUGUGAAGCCUGUUUACACUGAGAACAUGGAGGAAGUGUCCAGGAUAGGAUGUGCCGUCUGGUUAACUACUGUGGUAAUUUUCCUGACUCUACAAGGGUGUAUCUGCACGGAAAUAAUUGGGGGCCGUAAAGUUAAACAUCACUCCAGACCAUACAUGGUGUCCAUCCAGGUUAAGAAACACCACGUUUGUGGUGGAGCUUUGAUCGCGCGUAGAUGGGUUCUAACUGCAGCGCACUGUGAACAAUAUAGUCGAAUAACACUAUCCAAAGUGGUUCUUGGAGCGCAUUCACUUUCUAGGAAACAAGAAAGGAAAACGACAAUUGCAGUGAUAAAGAUGGUUCCUUACCCGGAGUUUAACCCAAAAACUCCAGAAAACGACAUCAUGCUGGUUCAGUUGGCCCGUGACGCUGUUCUGAACAAGUACGUAUCCACUUUGAAACUUCCCAAAUCAACAAAAGAUGUCAAAGCUGGAACCAAGUGCAGUGUUGCCGGAUGGGGAACAACAAAUUCUUUAGUCCUGAAAGCAUCUGAUAUCCUGAGGGAAGUAAAUUUAACCAUCAUUGAUCGGAAAGUCUGCAAUAGUAAAAAAUACUAUGACUUCAGCCCUUACAUAACAAAGGACAUGUUAUGCGUUGGUGAUGCUGAAGCAAGAAAGGAUUCAUGUGCGGGAGAUUCUGGUGGUCCAUUAAUAUGUACAAAGCAGGGGAACAAGAAAGAGUACACUGGCAUUGUUUCAGCUGGAGCAGACUGUGGAGUUCCCAAUGAACCUGGUAUCUACACCCGCUUAUCUGAGAAAUACCUUAGGUGGAUAAAGGCGAUUAUAAGGAUCAAAAACCAUAAUACAACAAAGGAGCAGAACUAAUUGUUUCCUCCGCAUGUGAUUUGAAAUGUCUUUCCCUUUAAUUCUGUUACGGUUUCCUUUAAAUAGCUUCAUAAACAUUUUGUAUUUUUCCAAGUUGUCUAACAGAAACAUUUCCAAAUAAUUCUAAAAUUAUGAAUCGUGAAGUUGCUAAGAACAUGUAUUGGCUGGAUAGCCUUUGAAUUAAUGAAAUGUACUCCCCUGGCAGAGUUGAUUAUUUUUCAUAUGAGAUGCUUAUUAGUGAAAAACUUUC